AUGUUAUCCGGCUGCCGUCCGACUUCCCCAACUGCUCUCUGGUCGCAAGUCCGUUACGUCAACUUCCUAGAAAGACGAUUACGUCACCCGUUAUCCUCUCGCCGACCACCCACCUCAGCAGCAGUUGCUUCCACGCGAAACGUCGUAGUCGCCGCGUCUUCAUCGAGCUCUGAGGCUGUUCUCCCCAGUCCCACUAUUCCGUGCCCGGACUGCAGCGGCCAGGGCUGGCUGCAGUGCGAGGUGUGCCAGGGGGAGAGGGUCAACGUGAAGGUCAACAAACGCCUCUUCCGCCGCUGCCCUGGCUGCUAUGCCCUGGGGAUGACGCUUUGUCAGAAGUGUAAAGUGUACAAAUGUGUCACAUUUCCAGAUGGCGUUGAUGGUGGUGCUGUAGACCAGGGCUCUCCCUAG